AUGACAGACGAUAAGUACUCACCCACAAACGAAGAGUUUGGAGUUGACGACAUCGUUGUUAAUUCUAACGGUGUCAACUACAACAAACGUUCGGAGGGGCUUUCAGAAGAUUCCAACGAAUUCAAGGAUCCGUCUGCAGAUGGAGCCGGAGAUUAUGAUUCCAUCCAUAAUAUCAAGUUACCAUUCAACCCCUCAAGCCUGCUGGCCGAAAACGGAUCAGAGGUCUCGAAUGGCCGCAAACAAAAUGACGCGACAGACUUGAGAUCUAACAGACCUAAGCGUAACACUCGCUGGAAUGUUGCCCCGCCACCCAGGAACACUCAAAUGACGUUAAAAGAACAAGAACGGGUUAUAGAUGAAAUAAAGAAAGAAAACUUUGAUUUGAAAAUGAAGAUUUAUUUCUUGGAAGAAAGAUUAAGUAAACUAGGACCUGAUGAAGUAGAAAGAGCUUCGAAAGAGAUAAGAUCUGAUGAAAUGGAGAGAGCUUUGAAAGCGCAAAUUGCAAGUUUGAAAAGUCAACUAUCUGAACGAAAUGAUGAGGUUGAGGAAGCAUAUGCAGAAUUAGAGCGUAUGAGAGGUCGUCCUGCUAGUGUAGCAUCAUCACGAGAGUCGUCUUCGCGGUUACUUAACGGAGAAUUUAGUAACCAAUAUGAGGAGAAUCUUGGGCAGUUACGUGACAAAGUUGCCGAGUUAACUCUUCAAUUGCGAGAGAAGAUUAUGAUGGUUGAUCAACUGUCUCUCGAGCUAGAAGAUCUGAGUAUUGCACACGAGAAUGCAAUGCACGAAGUGGAAGAGGAUUGGGAUAGAGCUGAAAGUCAAAUGAGAAAUGAAAAUGUGAUCUUAAGAGAGGAAAUCGAGCAGUUACAGCAAGAGUACGACCAAAUUCUUCAAGAACUUGAUAUAAUGCACCAGAGCCGCCAAGAAGAUGAAGCGCGCCACCAAGAGGGUGUAGAAGAUAUAAGAGUACAGCUCGAAGAAAAGUCUCGCGAGAUAUCGGAAUUACAAUUAUCACUCGAAAAAGCUAAAAGGCAGACUGAUACUAAAACAAAGGAGAAUCAAGAUUUGACAGAGAAUAGCAAGAAGUUGAAGCUCCAGAUAACUGGUUUGGAAAAAACUUUGUAUGAGAAGGAGGAAGAGAUUCAAGAAUUGCAGAGUCAAUUACAAUCAAGCGUAAAAGAAGCUGAAACAGAGGAUAAAUUGCGAGAAGAAAUGAUAUCCGGUUUGAAAGAGAAACUCUCUCAGAGCAAAACUAAAGUGGCUGAAUUAACGGCUACACAAGCAAGUAGCUCAAAAGAAAUAGCUUAUCUGAAACAAGAAGUGGAGAAUUAUAGUGCGCGGAUUUUGGAGUUAGAAAAAGCGAAUGAGAUAGAGCUUGAAAAAAGCACUGCGGCUAAAUCAAGAGAAAGUCAUGUUAUAAGUGAGAAGCUCAAAGAAAAAGAACUGCAUGAUAAAGAAUUAGAAAGACUUCGUAAAGAGAAGAAAGAGCUUGAAAAAACAAUAGACGAUCUCAAUGAGCAAUUAUUGGCGGCACAGCGGCGAAUUGCUGAACUGGAGAUGGCAAUACAAGAACGUGAUGGAGAUCUCCAAUAUGUUCGACAGCAGCUCACCAACCAGACCAAUAGAGCUAAAGAGAGUGCAGAGAGAUAUGGAAAAGAACAAGAACGAUUGCGUACAGAGUUGGAUACUCAUCGCCAAGAUUUGGAAAGCCUCCGUUCACAGGUCGAAUCAUUAAAUGAUGAGGUGGAAAACAAGAAAAACAUAAUUCUUGAACAUGAAAGUGAAAUCAAACACUUGAAUGCUCAACGCGCGAAAUUGAACGAUAAACUUGCAAAUACAGAGAAUACACGAACGAAAGCUGAAGAAACGUAUAGAAAUAUGCAAGAGGGUUUGCGCGACAAGGAUUCGGCGAUUGAUGAACUUAAAACACGGAUAACCCAACUUGAAGAUAAUUUGACGCAAGAAAAGAAGCAUUCCACCGAAAUGCGAACGCAACUUGAGGAAAAGAACAAGAAUACGGAUUAUGAGAGAGAAAGAGUAAAGAACCUCGAAGAACAGGUUGCUACUUUCAUGGAUGAGCACAAACGCUUGCUUGAGCAAAUUGAGAGACGAGAUGCUACAAUAACCAAAGCACUGAAUGGGUUGCAGAUGAUCAACCAAAGGAAAGAACUGAUGGAGAAUGCGCUUUUGAGACAAAUGACAGAAGAGAUUCAGAGCAACCUUUCCAGUGUCGGCAAAAGAAUAGCAUAUCAGCCCCCACCAUACAUAAACCCCCCUUGGAAGCCACCAGGGAACGCCAGCACACUAAGGAAAACGUCCAUUAAAGGCCAUACCAAAUCAUCAUCGAUUCCAAAACCUACGCCAGCAAAAUCAAAAAAAAGUACUAACAGUGAAAUCGCUUCACCAACGCCUACAGUACCAACCCGUUUAACAUCAUCAGCAUCGAGCGAUAGCAGUAGAACAGGAAGCCGAUUGAUACCACCCAAGCCGAUCCGAGAAUCAAAAUGA